AUGAAGAACACUGAUCGACAUUCUAUUCAUGCACCAGAAAUUAUUGCAAUAAUACCACGUGUUCCGCCUCAAAUGGAAGCUACGAAACAAAUUGGAAUCGAUGACGCAGUAGCUGGUAGCCGUAAUGGUGAAUUAACACACCGGUGGUAG